UUAAAUAUUGAGUGUAACAGUCAUUGCUACGUGUUUGAAUUUCAGCUAAUCAAGAAGAAAGUAAAGAAGCUAAAACGUUGUUAUAUCAAGUCAGUUUUAUAAGAUUUCUUUUACUAGCAAUCAUUGCGUGACCAACUGCCGUUUUGGUUUAUUUUGCUUUGGACUUUCAGACCUAACUAAUUAGAUUCUGCAUUAUUGAUAUACAGUGAACGAGUCCUGUCAGUCAAAUCGCUGUGCUGCGUUGGGCAAAUGUGACAUUCGAUAGGGAGGUUGAAGGCUGUCAUGCCUCGUGGCCAAAACGGAGGGGAAAGAACAGGGAGGAGUUGGACGGGUCUAGCAAAGAUCCAAUUACAACACGGCAGCGUUCCUAAAAAACUCCAGGCGGCGAGGGACAGGCCAAGAUCCUGGAUGUUCCUUGAGCAAACAACUGGAGGGCAGAGGUUGUGGCCAAGCUGCUCGGUGGGUUCAGCUGGACUCAGUGGACCGCUGUGCUGACUGAAAGCAGACGGCCCAACAAGGAGCCUAUUGAUGUGACUGGCAGAGAUGAUGACAGAGAAGAAGACAGACGGCCUGACGAGUUGCAGGAGGCAAACGAUGUGACUUUCCAUCCUGCCACUAGUCUCAUUCAGAAGCUGUUUAACAUACAGUCAUCUGCUGUCUUUAUUACCUGGAAGUCACUGACGGAUUUAUCUCUGGUUUUAGGCAGGGCUUGCUUUUAAGUCCAGGCGGUCCACGGAUUCUCAGGAGAGUGGUUUGCGGUGCUGGACUGGCUGGCAGGGAUGGAAAACGAGGACCUGCAGCCCACUGAUGGAGAGGGCAGAGAGAAUGCUGAACUUCUGAAGGACCAGCUCAACAGUGAGGAAAAAGGAGAGAGGGAGAACAAAGGAAAAGAGAAAGAGAAGAGGAAAGAGCAGCGACGUCCGGGGUCCCUGUGGAGGUCUGGGUGGGCUCUGAGCGAACGGCUGGCCAUCAACGUUUCGGGAAUGAGGUAUGAGACUCAGCUGCGAACCUUAGCCCAGUUCCCCAACUCUCUGCUCGGUGAUCCCAGGAGGAGAGCGCGAUACUUCGACCCGCUUCGGAACGAGCUGUUCCUGGACCGCAACCGAGCUUGCUUCGAUGCCAUCCUGUACUUCUACCAGUCGGGCGGGAGGCUCCGCAGGCCCGCAAACAUCCCCCUGGACAUCUUUAUGGACGAGCUGAUGUUUUACGAGCUCGGAGAGGACAUCGUGAAUCGCUUCAAGGAGGACGAGGGGUUUCCGAAAGAGGAGGAGAGGCCCCUGCCGUCCAAUGAGAUCCAGAAAAAGCUCUGGAUGCUGUUUGAACACCCCGAAUCAUCGUCAGGGGCACGGAUCAUUGCCAUCAUCAGCGUGAUGGUGAUCGUGGUGUCCAUUCUCAUCUUCUGCCUGGAGACACUCCCUGACUUCAAGAAAGAGGAGCACCAUUCCCACGCUAAGAACGGUUCUGAGAACGUGCCUCCUCCUCCGAGUAUUUUCUACGAUCCCUUCUUCAUGGUGGAGACCGUAUGCAUAUGCUGGUUCUCCUUCGAGCUCAUCAUGCGCUUUGCUUGCUGUCCCAGCAAGAUCCACUUCUUCAAGGACGUCAUGAACAUCAUCGACUUCAGCGCCAUCUUGCCGUAUUUUGUCACCCUGGGAACCGAGCUGGCCAAAGACGACGACGCCUCUCCGGCCACGUCUUUGGCCAUCAUCAGGGUCAUCAGACUGGUGAGGGUCUUCAGGAUCUUCAAGUUGUCUCGGCACUCUAAGGGCCUCCAGAUUCUUGGCCAGACGCUGAGGGCCAGCAUGCGCGAGCUGGGCCUCCUGAUCUUUUUCCUGUUCAUCGGCGUCAUCCUCUUCUCCAGCGCCGUCUACUUUGCUGAAGCUGACCACCACAAAACCGACUUCGUCAGCAUACCGCACGGUUUCUGGUGGGCGGUCGUGACCAUGACCACAGUGGGGUACGGUGACAUGUACCCCGUCACAGUGUGGGGGAAAAUGGUGGGCUCCAUGUGCGCCAUYGCUGGUGUUCUGACCAUCUCACUGCCCGUGCCUGUCAUAGUGUCCAACUUCAGCUACUUCUACCACCGGGAGACCGAGUGUGUGGAUCAAACGGAGUAUAAUCACGUGCAGACGUCUCUGUGGGACGACAUGGAGCCUGAGGGCGAGGAGACGGAGGACGGGGACCGGGAUCCCGAGGCAGAUUAUUAUGACUCCGAAGAAAUCUGCAACYCUCUGAAUGGGACGUUAAUUAGAGGAGUUUGUUCUGGCCAGAGCACAGAGCACAGCGGAGGAAAUGUGCAUCUCAUGGAGCCGCUGGUUACACAGGUUUAGAGAGCAGGAACAUGUGCAGCCUUAAACAAAGACACAGAAAGUGAGUAAUGUCAUGUAGCACACUCAGAAUAGCACUAAUAUACCUCCUAAAAACUUUAUAUUUCCUCAUCUGGCUCAUUUAUUUAUUUUUCACUGCAGUGGCCAGUUAAAACAGCAUUUUUUCUUCCUUUUUUUUCCUCAGGGUCCUAAAUGAAAUAUAUCAGCUAUUAUUUAUUAACGCUUUAAGCUUAAGGUAAUAUGAACACUUUAAAAAAGUCUGUGCCUUGAAACUAUGAUGUCUUAGUUGAUUUUGCCUUACAGCCUGAUGUGGAAUUGAAGUAGAUUUUUGAUCCAUCCCACCAGAACUCUACCAGCAGAUCUGCAUAUUGAGAAAAAAAAAUCUGAAAGCUCUCCUGAACCACCUCCACAGGUUGCAGGUUUUUAGAAGUUCUGGCUCCUCAGGUCACCUGCAAGACUGUAGUAUUACUCAAACACUGCACUGUUUUCUUUGUGUAUUUGUGAUCUCUGCUCUGCUAUGUUAUAUUCUGCUGAAUUAUGCGCUCRUUAUUAAAAAUAAAGACUCUAUUUUAUUAAUUGUCUUUUAAAAAAUGAGUUAGCAAGUCAUUCUGUUUAGGGAACAGCCAAACGUAGAAGAAGAAAAACAUUAAAAUAAUAUAGUUUUUUUUUUUUUGCUUUCUUCAUCUCUAAGUAACCUUGUUCCAGUCAAUCUGUUUUACAUUUGUGGUUUUGUGACUAUUUCUUUUUCAAGAUAUCCAUAAUUAUUAUAGGCAGUAAGUUAGUUUGCUCUUUGUUUCACUUAAACACAGAAAACUUUCCACUCCAUCACGAUGAUGACCCGUGGAAGGUAUGCAGGCCAGUGGUUCACUGCUUGUUCUUUAAUAAUCUGCUUUAGUUUGUCAGCUAAAAAUAAUAAUGGAAAUUUUAACAGAUUAAACGUUUUUUUUUCCUGUAAGAUGAARCCCAUAUCUCUUCUUAGAAGAACAAAUGAUUUGUGCAGACAAAUGUCUGUGACUUUCAACUUUACACCAUGAAUAAAAAGAAACUACAUAUCUGUGUGGUUUGAUUAAAAUCAAUUAGCAAACUUGUGACCAGAAAGCUUAGAGUUUUAUGCAAAGUUUCUUAUUGUAGCCCAGCAUUUUUUUAAAUCUGCAUUAAACAGCUUGAAAGUCUAAACUAGAAAUACAGUAUGUAACUUUGCACAAUGUGAUAUUAUUGGUGAAAAAAAAUCUGUUUUAACAACUGAGAAAAAGGUUUGGAAUUGACAAAUAUUAAGUCAAAGUCAUAAUACACAUUCACUGAAACAAUCCAUUUUGAUAACUUGAGUUGUUUUUUCUUUUGUUUUUAUUCAUUUUGUCCACUAGAGGGUGCUACUCAUUUCACAGUCCUCACCUGUGAGCAGUGGGUAAUCAAAAAUGUUGGGAUUCCUAUUUGGUAAUGUCUAAUUACUGGUUUAUCUAAUUGCUCCAUUUAUCCAUGACAAAACUGUAUGAGUCAUAGAAAAUAAAUAUUUGGACUGGGGA